AUGGAAACCCUAACUCUGAUCGCCAUCCUCCUCUUGCUCCUCCUCAUUCUCCUCACCAUACUCCGGCGACGCCGACAUGCACCGGUGACCAGAACCCAAAACCAGUCAGGCUCUUUCCUGGAACUCAUGAAGAACAGCCACCGGAUUCUAGACUGGACAACAGAUCUCCUCCUCUCCAAGCCCUCCGGCACCGUCUCAACCUUCAUGGCCAUCAUCACCUCCAACCCUUCCAACGUUGAGCACAUCCUCAAGACCAACUUUAACAACUACCCAAAAGGCUCCUCCUUCACCUCCAUCCUCCAUGACUUCCUCGGCUCCGGCAUCUUCAACGCCGACGGCGACCACUGGCGUCUCCAGCGCAAGACUGCCAGUCUCGAGUUCUCCACCAAAGCUAUCCGUGCCUUCAUCCUCUCUCGCGUCCAUCUCGAGUCCAUCUCUCGUCUCCUUCCUCUCCUCACCUCUGCUUCCGUCUCCGGCGAGAUCAUCAACCUCCAAGACCUUCUCGAGCUCUUCACCUUCGACAACGCUUGCCAGGUCACCUUCGGCCAUGACCCCUCUCUUCUCAACGCUUCAUCACCGUCCUUCUCCGACCGUGAGCUCGCUCUGGCCUUUGAGGAAGCCACACAGCUCAGCGUUCGCCGCUUCUCUCACCCUUUCCCGUUCAUCUGGAAGCUCCAGCGUUUUCUCAACCUCGGCUCCGAACGCCGGCUCAGAGAAGAGGUUGCAAAGGUCCAAGCUUUCGCCAUGGAGGUUGUACGGGAGAGGAAGAGGAGGCGAGACUUGACUGGCUCACUCGGCGACGACCUUCUCUCGAGGUUUAUAGCUCUUCGUUCUCGCCGGAAGAGAUACCACGGCGGCGGCCAUAACUUGGUUUUUCUGGCUCAUAUCUACAAGACCAGAUGUGAAGAGAAGAUCAUCGAUGAGAUCAAGUCAGUGAGAGAUAAAACCAAGAAGACGAUGGAUGAGGCACCGGUGUUCUCUUUGGACCAAGUGAAAGACAUGGUGUAUCUCCACGCAGCGUUGGCCGAGAGCUUGAGGCUUUACCCGCCGGUGCCGCUCCAGACAAGAACUUCACUGGAGGACGACGUGUUGCCGGACGGGACGGCGGUGAAGAAAGGACAAACGGUGAUGUAUAGCUCCUACGCGAUGGGAAGGAGGAAGGAGAUAUGGGGGCCGGAGUGGGGUGAUUUCCGGCCGGAGAGGUGGAUUGAAAAAGGGGAGUUCCGAGCUGUGAGCCCGUUCACGUACCCUGUUUUCCAUGCAGGGCCGAGGAUGUGUUUGGGCAAAGAGAUGGCUCAUAUUCAGAUGAAGGCGAUUGCUGCGGCGGUGCUGGAGAGGUUUGAGAUCGAGGUGGUCGACGGCGAGAAAGAGAGGGUGAAGGAUCUUGGUAUUAUGCUUAGGAUCAAAGGUGGUCUUCCUGUUAGGGUUCAUCCUCUGGUGUACUGAUCGUUAAAGUAGUUAUUAUUAUCUUGGCUUUGUUAUUAGGGUUUCUUUGAUCUUGCAUGCCUACGUAUGUGCUUAAGAAAUAAAUUCAUGUAA